GCCUGUGGAAUAAGACACUUAAGUGAUCCGGUGUACUGACGCGUCACUCUGUGUGGACAGAAUAUAAUUUUUUUUCACUGUGAAAGCAGUAAGUGUGAUUUGUCUGACAACUCGGACUUUCUGUGGAUAAGCUUUAUUUCUGGUAUAUAUUUCGCGGUUUCUGACGCUCCGGUGUACCAGCUGAGCCGGGUGAAAUUACACACCUUGGACUUUUUUUGUUAACUAACUCCAAACAGAAGUCACCAUGGCAGAGACGUCGGCAGCUCCAGCCAAAGCCAAAAAGGCAGCAAAGCCCAAGAAAGCUGCUUCUCAUCCCAAGUACUCGGAGAUGAUUAAAGCGGCCAUCAUUCACGACGCCACUCGGAGUGGAGCGUCCCGGCAGUCCAUCCAGAAGUACGUGAGGAAGAACUAUAAAGUGGGCGAGAACGCCGAUGUGCAGAUUAAACUGGCCCUGAAGAGGAUGGUGGCAAUCGGGAUUCUGCGCCACACCAAAGGCGUCGGCGCGUCCGGAUCCUUCAGGUUGAACAAACCAGACGACUCCAAAAAGUCAACCAAGGCGCCGGCACCUGUCAAAGCAAAAAAGGCAGUGAAGCCCUCCAAACCCAAGAAAGCGGCGAAGCCCAAGAAGGUGGCCAAGACGCCGGAAAAACCCAAAAAGGCAGCUGCAAAGAAAGUGAAAAAGGUCGUGAAAAAGGUGACACCAACGAAACCCAAAAAGGCACCAGCUAAGAAACCCAAGGCAGCCAAGCCCAAGGCAAAACCAGCAAAGAGGGCAGCCAAGCCCAAGGCAAAGACGCCCAAAAAGGCAGCCAAAACAGCAAAAAAGAAGUAAAAGGACAAUAUCAGAGACAAAGUCAAUGUAAAUACUUAAGGAUAUGUUUUCGUAAAUGUAUUAUUUUUGUAAGGUCUGAUGCAAACUUAUACGAGUAGUUUUAUCUCCAUUGCACUAUAGCCUAUAUGCUGUAGAAACAAUUGUGAGCAUUUUUAGUUGGCGUUAAUAAUACUGUUAAUUUCUGUCUGAUCCUUGGAUACAUAUAGACCAGGGUCUUGCUGAAAAGGUAAACAAAAAUGUACAUACAGUUGAACUUAUUGAUAUUGUUAGUGCACGGGGUCAUACUGAAAUUACAAACAAUGUGACAAUGGUGAGCAUUGUUGAGCCUUUACAAUGUACAGACGUGGACGUCAGCAAGAUUUUCCUUAAGGCUCUAUAGUUGUCAUUCAAGCUCCAUUCUGUAUAUUUCCUCAUGUUCAGACGAUUCAUAAUAUUCAAACAUCCCACUGUGUUCAGUCACUUUUAAAGACUUGUUUAUACUGCAAUUCAAUAAACCUUUGUGAUCUUCUA